AUGCUGGAGGUCUUCGACUCUGACCAAGACGGCAGCGUGGACUUCAAAGACUUCUGGAAGGCCCAACUGCUCUUCCGAGCCUUGGUCACCACCUGGUUCCCUCUCGUCUCCGGAACCCACCUGCCGAGUAAUGGAAGCCCGGCCAUGAGCGAUGGGCGCAGUCGCGCGGACAACCUGCGCUGCUUCCUACAGCGGCGAUUCGCAGAGGCCUGGCCGGGGCUCCCAGCGCAGCGGCCUUUGGCCCUGGCCCUCGCGGCGGAGCGGGUCGCUGGCGAGACGAUGUCCGAGAGAGAGGCGCGGCAGCAAUUCAGAUUGGUUGGCAUGGCCUUGGCACAGGAGAUACAAGAGAGGCGCCCCGACUGGGUCCUGGCUGCCCCGGAAGAAGAUCUGCCGGGCCUUUUGCGAGGACUGCUACAGCAGAAGAGCGCCAGGAAGGAUGCCUUUGCAUCUCUGGAUGAGAUCCACCGGCGCUUGCGGGAGCGACGAGAAGUGCGCCUGACGGACGAAGAGUUGGAAACCUAUCGACAGUGCGCCCCAAUUGUCGGCAGCAAAGACUGGUCCAAAGCGACCGUCGCCUGGAUUUUGGACGAGCUGCAGUCACCAGGCAUGCCACAGUGGACAGAACUCUGUCUGCUGGAUGUCGGCAGCAGUUACGGUGCUUUUUGCGGGCGUGGCAUGCGCGUCGUUGCUCUGGACCUGGCUCCGGCACAUCCGGAGGUCCUGCCCGGUGACUUCUUGCAGCUGGACGUGGUCGAGGCCAAAGAGCUCCACAGUCUGGAUGCCUCGGGCCGCCUGAAAUCUCUCAAGGCUGAAGGCUUUCACGCAGUGGUCAUGAGCCUGGUUCUGUCCUUCCUGCCGACACCGGAGCUCCGUCGAGCGAUGCUGGACAAGGCACGCCGAUGUCUUUGCCUGGGCGGAGCGCUGCUACUCGUUGAGAAAACCUCACUGGCACCCACUGGCCCAACGGGCGCCGCACAGCGACGGCGCUUUGAGGAGGCGCUGACAGCCGCAGGGUUUGAGAUAUGCAGGUAUGCUGCGGUGGGCCACCUCGAAGGCGACAAGGGUCAUCCUCAUGCUCAUGCCUGGCACCUGAAGCGGGCAGAGGUCCAGCGCCGGUCCGAGCCAUUGCCCUGCUUCAAGGAGGACGAGAUCCCAGAAGAUGCCACAAAGCAAGAGCCAGAUUCCGGUUCCAUCUCCAACAUGAAGACCUUGCGCUCGGUGGUGAGCAUGGCAAUGAUGGCAGCGCUCAUGACGAUAGUCUCCGGAGCGAGGACCGUGCUUCCUGCAUUCUACAAGUUUUACAAGGGCCAGGAAAAGGUUCCGGGCCACUGCAAGCGGACAUGUAUCGACAAGAGUGAUUUGAAAAACACUGUGGCCGGCAGCGCCAUCAACACCCUUGUCCAUGGUGCAGUACUGUCGGAUCCUGGCACGGCCCCACUGAAGCUGCUCAUUAUGGGAGGUAUCUAUGCCAGCGGUCUGAUCCCCAAUCAGCUCCAGCAUAGCUAUUGCACCCAAAUUGUUUCCUCCAUUGUCAUCUCCUGCCCACGCGGUCAGGGCAAAGGUGAUGAUUGUCCACUCGACACCUCGGACAGAAAUCCUUAUUGCAAAGCCGCCUUCGCGGCAGGAAACAAGGGCAGCGCUGGAGGCGAGGCCGAGUUCACGUGUGCAGUCGAAGGAUGGUGGGACGCCUGUUGCAAAGUGCGAGAAGUUCCACCCGACUUCAGAGAUGACGAAUGCGACCAUUGUGGACAAGACAUGUAUUUCUGUGCCGGGAUGGAAGGCUGA